CCCAUCAUAAACUAACAGGUUGGGUUAGGAAUUUUCAGCGGUAGCCUGUAGAAAAUGGUUCUUUCUAAUAGUAGCCUAUGCUGCAGUAUUUUGAACAUGAAGGAAAUGAUCUUAUCAAUAGAAGCCUACUUUCAAAUUAGACACCUAAUUAGGCCUACUUCCCCAAUAUAGCAGAGUGAAUUGACGUCUAACAACUCUAUUUUGGGCUUCGUUUUGUGGGGUGUGUGUUACACGAUGGUCAUAUUGAAUUUUAAUAUAUUGUCAUGCAUUUCAACAUUUAAGAUUCGUUUUUUAAAAUUUAAACUCCUUGCAUAAAUUAGUUAAGUAACGCAUCCUUCAGCGCGUUACGCAAGGUGCCUGUUAUGUAGCCUAGCGUCCUAAAGUUAGCAUGCUGCACUCGGAUAGGCUACAGCCUUCAAAACAACUAGCUUACCGAAGAGGCGUCUUGGAUAAAUGGUUGCUUUGACCCGUGUACGUUUGAUCUGGCGACAUUUGAUCAACAGCAGAAUGGGAGACCUGACUUCUAAAACACAGAUGCCCACUCCUGAAAGUGCCUUGCCAGGAAGAAAAGCGGUCAUGAAAGUGUCAGCCAAGCAUGAUGUCAACGGCAACAAGACAGUUCCGCCGUUCCCUGAGGGCAUGCAGAUGGCCAUGUUUGGCAUGGGUUGUUUCUGGGGUGCGGAGAGGAGAUUCUGGCGUCAGAAGGGCGUGUACUCCACACAAGUCGGAUACUCAGGAGGCUACACCGCCAACGCCACCUACAAUGACGUCUGCACAGGAAAGACUGGACAUUCAGAAGUUGUGCGGGUAGUUUUCCAUCCAGACAAUAUCACCUUUGGGAGUCUGCUCAAGGUCUUCUGGGAGAGCCAUGACCCCACACAAGGCAUGCGUCAGGGUAAUGAUGUGGGCACCACCUACCGCUCCUGUAUCUACACCUACAGCCCGGAACACUUGCAGCAGGCCCUCGACUCCAAACAGGAAUACCAGAAGGUCCUGAAGGAGGAGGGCUACGGGGACAUCACCACGGAGAUAGUGGAGGCCAAAGAGUUCUACUACGCGGAGGACUACCACCAGCAGUACCUCAGCAAGAACCCCGACGGGUACUGCGGACUGGCCGGAACCGGAGUCUCCUGCCCAAUAGGAACAGGAACGCGCGCUUAGACGUGGCCCAAUAGGAACGCGCGCUUAGAUGUCAUGCUCAGACUGACUAAACUUACUCCUGACUUGACUGCAAAAAAGCAAAAACAAUGUAAUUUGUUGAAAGAUUAUUGUCUAUUUUUCAGUGAAAACAUCCAGUCUUUUCCAGCUGAAUUAAGUUUUACUGGGUCAUUUCGCGUCUUAUUAAAGGGACACUGUGUGAGAUUUUUAGUUGUUUAUUUCCAGGAUUCAUGCUACCCAUUCACUAAUGUUACCUUUUUCAUGAAUACUACAUGAAUACCACCACCAUCAAAUUCUAAAGUAUUCAUUAUGACUGGAAAAAUUUCA